UCUCUGCUCCUCUGUCGACAUAUAAACGGAGCAAAAAUCGGAACAAUAAUAGUUAGCAAUUCGACUUUGCGUGAUAAUGUUGUGUGUUAUUGCUGUGUAAAGGAGACGAGAAGCUAAAAAAAAAGAGAGAAAACAAAAUAAUAACGUAGCUAUGUUAAACCAAGCGGUGGUCGAGGCUUUGUACUCGGCGACGUAUAUCGAAAAUUAUUUGGACUGCGUGGAAAAUCUGCCGAACGAUUUGCAGAGGCAUGUUUCCCGUUUACGCGAACUGGACGCCACUUGUCAAACAUAUUUACGUGAAGUGGAUCAGCAUCAGGAAACAUUACAAAGUGAUACGGAUCCUGCGAUAAAGAGGAGAGCAUUGUUAAGAGUACAGCAAGCUCUGAUUGCAGCGCAAGAAAUAGGAGAUGAGAAAUUACAAAUUAUUCAACAAGUACAAGAUCUUAUAGAGAACAAAUCCAGGCAGUUGGAUUUAGAUUAUCGGAAUCUAGACUUCGGCAAGGAACAGGAGAGCUCCGAGGUUCGUGAAUCAAACAUAAGCAACAAUGCAAACGCAGCUAGCCAUGCAAACAACAUGGAACGCCACCCAAAACGUGCCAGAAGAACAAGGACUGAAACCUUACUGGAGUCAGCCCAUUCAAUGGAUAUAAUGGUCGGGAUGACGGAAACUAGAUCCUCGACGAUGUCGAGCAUAAGUAAUGGAAAUCAAAAGAAGACAACGACGGCCGCCACCGGCAAAAAGAAGAAACGAAAGUCACGGCAGGGCACUCAACAGAAUCAGCAUCGCGAGGAUACGCCGCCGCCGCCGGAGGACGAUCUCGCAAUAGAUCCUGACGAGCCGACUUACUGUCUAUGCGAUCAGAUUUCGUACGGCGAGAUGAUUCUGUGCGACAACGACCUAUGUCCCAUAGAAUGGUUCCACUUCUCGUGCGUUUCUCUGACCACCAAGCCUAAGGGUAAAUGGUUCUGUCCCAAGUGUCGUGGCGAUCGACCCAAUAUCAUGAAACCCAAAGCACAAUUCCUCAAAGAGCUGGAGAGAUACAACAAGGAGAAGGAGGAGAAAUCAUAAUGAGAACACGAAGAAAAGUUUAAGAAGACGUAAUGGGAUUUUUGUAGGAUAGAUUUUAAUUUUGAAUCGCGCAUGUGCUUACUGUAUUAAGGUUGUAUUUUUCUAUAUAUCGAGCUAUAUUGGGAUUUCUUCUUUUCGUGAAAUAAUGAUCACUUAUAAAAUUGUAGAAAUAUGUUCAAACAUAUGUUCAAACAUGUUUCUCGCAUUUAAAUUGUAAAGGAUAAAUGUAUAUAUAUACAUAUACAUAUUGUAUCUUAUAUGUACCAUCGGGUUUGUUUUUUAUUGCUGCACUGGUUUACCAGUGCAUUGCAAUACUAGUGAACAAACUAGUUCACCAGUGCAACAAUAAACAAAUCCAUUUUUAAAUAUGUAUAUAUAUAUGUGUGUGUGUGUAUAUAUAUAUAUUUAAACAAAAUAUGAUUUGUUUAAGGGCUUAUGCGGGUCUAGAAGGCCUAAAAAAGCAUAUUUUCUUGAAUUUUUUUAAAAGAUACUACAAAAAUUACACAAUUUUAAU